AUGCCCCGCCCUGGGAAGAACUCUUACAGCGACCAGAAGCCCCCGUACUCCUACAUAUCACUGACAGCGAUGGCUAUCCAGAACUCAGCCGACAAGAUGCUCCCUCUGAGUGACAUUUAUAAGUUCAUCAUGGACCGGUUUCCGUAUUAUCGAGAGAAUACCCAGAGGUGGCAGAAUUCCCUACGACACAACCUCUCGUUUAAUGACUGCUUCAUCAAGAUCCCUCGGAGGCCUGAUCAGCCAGGGAAAGGCAGCUUCUGGGCUUUGCACCCGGACUGCGGUGACAUGUUUGAGAACGGCAGCUUCCUGAGGAGACGGAAGCGCUUCAAGGUGCUGCGCGCUGAGCACAUGGCCUGCAAGAGCUCCCCCAUGAUGCAUUACUUCCACCAUCACCACCACCACCACCCGGGCAGCAAGCUGGGCACAGCAUCCGGCCACCAAGACCACUCGGCCGGCCCGGCAAGCACCGUGGGUCGGCUGCCUCACUUGCAGGGUUACGGGGGCAUCGCUUGCGCACAGCCCGGCGGGUUUAAACACCCCUUCGCCAUUGAGAACAUUAUAGGACGGGACUACAAGGGUGUGAUGGCCAGCGGGCUCCCCCUCACCUCUGUCAUGCACCACCUGGGUUACCCAGUGCCCCCGCAGCUCAGCAGCGUGGUCAAUUCCAUGUGGCCGCACGUCGGGAUGCUGUCGGACUCCAUGGGUGGCGUGCCCAUUCCCGGAUCAUCCGAGUACGCGCCCUUCAGCGUGUCAAAGGGCCUUUACCACAAUGCCAACGGGCAAACCCUGCCCGCCGUCCCCGUGCCAAUAAAGCCCACCCCGUCCCUGGGUCCCAUGCCGGGCUUGACGGGGCUGCAGUCCGGUCCGGCACAGCUCUGCUCGCCGGCCUCAGUGAUGGAGAAAAGCGAUCUGCUAGAGGGGAAAGGCAACCCUUUACACCCGCCUCUCCUGCUGUCCUAA